AUGAAAUGGGUACCACUCUCCAUCAAUAAGUCUGAAGAAAUAGAGAAGCAGGCAAACGAGAUUGCCGAGCUGUAUCGUGUCCUCUUUCUUCAAUUAAAACUUGAGAAACAACAAGAAAUUCAUGGGCUGCUGCGAAGUCAAAAGGAGUUGUCUGUUGCUCCCAAUUCCGUUAAAUCAAGCAUUGAUAAGAUGGGAGUCAUUACAAAGCUUGGAAAGGCGCUGCAAGAAAGAAUUAAGGAGAUUGAUCAGCUACGAUCUACAGAUACUCCUCAAGGUAUGUAUUAUCAGUUUCUAAUCAAACCAACCUUUGUUCCUGAAGAGUUUUCCAACAAAAUCCUUGAAAUUCGGUCUUCCUUUGAACAAUUAUUGGAGAACUAUCCCAUCAAAACCAUCUCCAAGAUUGAUGAAUUAAAGAAUGCUUUGUUCUCGGUGCAACAACAGAAUCCGGUGGAAUCUUGUGAGGAAAUAACAGAGGAAAACAACCCGUUCUCUGCGUCCACAAAAAGUAAUGCGACCUCAGGACGUGCCACUGCCUCUGAGGAGAAAAAAGCCUUAAAACAAGAAGAUCCUUCGAAGCAAACCAAACAGUCCUCAGAAAAGAACAAACCAAAGAAGGUGAAACCCAUUUAUUCAUGGGAGAAAGGAGCACAAGCUUCAACCAGCAGCAAAAAGAUGGAAUCUUCUUCGAUCGAACUACCUCAUCAGAUGGAUCAAAGCUCCUUCAGCGAACAAAUGAGCAAAGUCGGAAAGUUUAUGGAGGAGCAACUGGCCAGACAAGUUUCACCAAAACGAGAUAGCUCUCCAAGAAGGUUCGGAAAAACAAAGGAAAGCAAGUAUUCCGUUCAUGCACCUCUCUCUCCAACUCUGAGCAGAAGUCUACGUUUGGAGAUUGAAAUGAAUGAAGAAGAAUUCGCCAAAUUGAAGAUAAGGAGAAAUAUGCAAGAGAGGCCAAGAUCAAGCAGUCCUCGUUUUCAAGCUCCAAACAGAUCUAGAUCAUCCUCAAUGCUCUCCAUUGGAGACCUUGCACGCUCUGCUGAUUCAUUUUCUUCUUCUUCUUCAAGUGCGGGCAAAUCAAGAUAUCCGUUUUUGCAAAAGGGUAAGGGAAGACUUGCCUCAGAUGGCAACCCAUUCCUCAAAAUUUACUCAUCACCACAACUGUUGUACAAUACCUCCUAUAUUCUUUCUGGAGCUGACAUAAGCCCUUCAGCAAUAGAGGGCUUGUCAGAGGUUCAGAAAGCCAACAUGAAUUCAGCUCUACAAACUCCGGGCUAUACUGUCGCAGAUAUCGAAGGCCUUUAUAUCACCACUGCUUGCCCUUAUUCAGAUCCAAAAGAAAAUUUUUUCAGACCCUCAGACAAAUCAAAGUGGGUCACCGGUAAGGAUUUUAUAACUUCAGUAGGAAAAGUAGAGGAAUUCACUAGAGACAAAUCUCUUCCUCUGUUCAUCAAUAAUGGACUUGCAUAUGAAAGUUCGAAUCCAGCUCUGGUACAACAGAAGCUUAGAUCAUCAGAAAAGACCAAAAUGAUGUCACCAAAAGGUUUUGUUUCCAUGUUCGGUAAUAGCGGUUGUGACAACAUUGAUAAGCAAUACAGCUUGGGAUUUACCAGUCCAGCUCGAGGGUCACUCCAUUCCUUCUCGGCUCCACUCCCAACCAACAUCAAAGGUCAGUCGAGAUCUCCGGUACAAUUAAGACCACUUUCAGGUACUUCUUCCAGUGCCGCUAUCAAUCUAAUUUCCAGAAAUAUGGCUUCGCCUAAAUCAUCUCCAAGACUCUCCAAUAAAUUGUUGUAA